AAAAUGAACAGAUACAAUUAUUCUACCAUGACUGAGUUUGUCCUCGAAGGACUAACAGCCCAACCAGAGCUCCAGCUGCCCCUGUUCUUCGUGUUUCUAAUAAUCUACGGAGUCACGGGAGUAGGAAAUCUAGGUAUGAUUCUCCUCAUCUCUUUCAGUUCUAGUCUCCACUCUCCCAUGUAUUUUUUUCUUAGUAAUUUGUCACUGUUAGAUCUCUUUUAUUCCUCAGUUGUUACCCCCAAACUGCUGAGAAGCUUCAUAUGGGAGCAAAACAUCAUCUCCUAUCCUGGAUGCAUGGCACAGCUGUUUUUCUUUUGUGUUUUUGCUAUUGCUGAAAGCUACAUGCUGACUGCUAUGGCCUACGAUAGAUAUGUAGCAAUCUGUAAACCACUGCUCUACCAUGUCACCAUGUCCCAAAGGGUAUGCAGUGCACUAGUGGCUGGGGUCUACAUCAUAGCAACUUUUGGAGCUGUGGCACACACUACCUCUAUGGUCAGACUUUCAUUCUGUAAAGACAAUGUCAUCCAUCAUUAUUUUUGUGACAUCCUUCCUCUCCUAGAGCUGUCCUGCUCCAACACCCACCUUAAUAAUCUCUUGGUGAUAGUCAUAGGUGGAUUCAACAUGUUAGUAACAACUAUGCCCAUCACCAUCUCUUAUGCCUUCAUACUAACCACCAUUCUUCGAAUACGUUCUUCUGAGGGCAGGUCCAAAACAUUUAGUACAUGUGGAUCUCAUUUUAUGGCUGUUGGGAUCUUCUAUGGAUCUGUAAUAUUCAUGUAUCUUAAGCCAGCAUCUAGCAACAACAUGGCCCAAGGGAAAGUAGCUUCUGUGUUCUAUACCACAAUAAUCCCUAUGCUGAAUCCCUUGAUCUACAGUUUGAGGAAUAAAGAUGUAAAAAAGGUAUUGAGCACAGUCUUGAGAAAGAGAUACAGCUCACCCCAGAGUUAG